UUCAGCCAGUGUGCCAGCAAAGUGUGCUACAGUCAAUUUCGCUUUACUCUCUUCUAUUUCAUCGUCACGUUUUUACUCUAAACUUUUACUGGCAAUGACGUAUUUUGAUGUCUUAAUGCGACGUUUAUCUUGUCGCCUCGGAAGUGGAUCUUCACACAAGCGGCCACAUACACGGUACCGGAACCGGGCGCGGAUGUACGCUCGUGUAUGCGUGGUCGCGUAUACGCGGCGGGCCAGUAUAAAAGCCUAGAAAACACGACGGUCACCGUUGCACUAACCAUCGGCCUCGGCCUGGUCAAUCGAUCAAUCGGCGGCGUGAUACUGGACAGCGGCGCUCUCCACGAUCAUCAUCACGCCUCGGUGGCCAGCUCGUACAUGCACUUCCACGGGCCGGUGCAGGGCCCGGAGUACGAGGUGAAAGUACCGCAUGUUGUGGUGGAUCAUUUCAGCGAGCACAACUAUCUGCAUGGCACGCAGGAGCACGAGCAUCGCCAUCAAGACGGCUACACGGUUGACUACGUGGCGCAUCCCAAGUACGAGUUCUCGUACGGAGUCGAGGACCAUCAUACCGGCGACUUUCACGGUCAGAAAGAGUCCAGAGACGGAAGCAGUGUGACCGGCGAAUAUAGUGUGAAAGAUCCGGGUGGCAGCCUUCGUGUCGUCAGCUAUCACGCCGACAAGGAGGGAUUUCGCGCGGUGAUACACACUUCCGGGAAGAACGAUCAUUCGGGCGGUGUGUACGGCGGUCAGGGACACGAGGCGGACACUCAAAGUCAUCUUCACGAUUACGCCGCCGCGUUGUCGCACGCGGGAUUCUGAGGCAUGCGAGAACCGCCAUGGCACGCCAUGACUGAUCGCUCUUUUCUGUACCUGGCAUUAAUUAAAUUUUUCUUCCCGAAUCGUCAACGUUGAUACUUCCGUCUUGCAUACCAAAGGCAACAACGUCCGAUAUUAUACACGCAGCGAUAACGUAUCGAAUAUCAUUGUAAAUAUAGUUUAUCCUUCUUCAAUAAACGAUGCUAA